CGCGCUAGCGGCUGGCGCCCUUGAAAGGGAACGGCCAUGAGCGGGAAUGGCGGCAACAGGGCCCUGGAGCUGCUGCGCUCGCUGCCCAGGGUCAGCCUGGCCAACUUGAGACCCAACCCCGGCUCCAGAAAGCGGGAAAGAAGACGUGGCCGUGGAAGAUACGGAGGUAGGAAGUGUGGCCGAGGUCACAAAGGAGAAAGACAAAGAGGAAAUCGCCCCCGAUUAGGCUUUGAGGGUGGUCAGACUCCAUUUUACUUGGUCAUACCAAAAUAUGGAUUUAAUGAGGGACAUAGCCUCAGACGUCAGUAUCAACCACUCAGUCUUCAGAGGCUGCAGUACCUGAUUGAUUUGGGUAGAGUUGACCCCACACAACCAAUUGACUUAACACAGCUCAUCAAUGCCAGAGGUGUAACAGUGCAACCUCUCAAGAGGGAUUACGGUGUCCAGCUGGUGGAGGAGGGUGCUGAUAUUUUUUCAGCAAAAGUAAAUAUUGAAGUGCAGAGGGCAUCUGAGUUAGCAAUUGCAGCCAUAGAAAAAAAUGGAGGUGUUGUGACAACAUCAUUCUAUGACCCAAGGAGUUUGGGAAUUCUGUGUAAGCCAGUACUGUUUUUUCUGCGUGGCCAGCCUAUUCCGAAGCGAAUGCUUCCACCUGAAGACCUCGUACGUUACUACACAGAUGCCAGGAGCCGGGGUUACCUGGCAGAUCCAUCUAAGGUUGCAGAAGCCAGGCUUGAGCUUGCCAAGAAAUACGGCUACAUCUUACCAGACAUAACCAAGGACGAACUAUUUAAGAUGUUAAGCGCACGCAAGGAUCCUAGACAGAUAUUUUUUGGUCUUGCUCCAGGAUGGAUUGUAAACCUGACAGACAAGAAAAUUCUAAAACCAACUGAUGAGAGUCUCUUGAAAUACUAUAGCACAUGAAUUCAGGACUGGAGACAGCUGCAGGUGUUCAGGAAACAUCUGGGUAUGAAAUAAUGGAUAGAAGUGGUGUGUUGUUUGUUUGUUUUUAAGACUUCUAUUAUACUAGACGAAACAUAAAUUUUUGUUCAUGUAAUCUUCUGGUGUAGCUCUCAACUUUUUUAUUGUCAUAACACAGUGUAUCAAAAGUCUUAAAAUUGAAAACAGUAUAGAAUCUGAUAUAAAGUAUGGGUUUGGGCACUUUCUCUUGUGAUGGUUUGCCAGUGUUUUUUUCAGACAGAGGGUUUUCAUAUUGCAUUGGUUUCAGAGGAUAAUUCCAAAGUGUAGUUUGACCUAAUAAUUGGUUUAUAUUUCCCCCUUCAAUUUAAAAUCGGAAAUAUGACUGUGCAGACCUAAUAUUAGUUUUACAAUAGUAUUACGUAAAAUUAUAAGUUUUAGAAAAUGUAUCUUGACUACCUCUAAGAGGCAAACCAUCUAUUUUUGGUUGAGGAAAAAUAAAAACAGCAGGAAAUAACAAAGUUCAAAAGGUUUCAUUAACCUCUCCCAUCCCAUAGCUGUGUUUUGGAUUUUGCCAUUGCCAUCAGUAGCACUAGAGCUUGAGAGGUCUUGACUUUUGUCGUAUUUCUUCAUAUGCAGUUGAGAAAGACAGGGUGUGCAGUUUGAAGUAACUUUCUAUCUACACUUGGGGGAGGGAAAAGAUUGCUCUUAAAUCAAUGGCUUUUAUUAUUCAAACAGAAUUUAAACUUGUCCAGACAGAAUUGUAAUGUCAUUAAUAAAAAUGCAUAGGAGAAUCCAGAGUCGUUGAAUGACAGUGGCUGUAGAUUAUGAAGGAUGGGGAUGUGACGGACAAAGUACACAGUUAGGAUUCAGUUUCCAGCUUGGUUACAGGUUGCAUCUGUGACAGUGGACAAAUGAAUUUAAAUAUUAUGAGAAGGUAUGAACAAACUGUUUUUUAUGAAAAACAGUGUUUUAAUCACACCAACUUGGUACAGUCUUGAAAAAUAUUUUCCAACAAACUUUUGUUUUAUCCAUCUCUCCAGAAUACUGCAUUAUUACUAUGCAAGAAUAUUUUAGGUUUCAUACAGAAGCUUAGGAUUGGGUGUUUGGGAUGAUGAGCCAGGCAGUAAAGAUGGGUGAGAGAGGAGACCGAGUUAGCCUGUCAGAACUUGCUCUGAUUCCUUGAAAGUUAAUGAGCUGCUUCACAACUACGUGGUUUAGUGGAAGCUGAUUUGGCUUUAAAAUAGGGAUAAUUUGGUUAUUAAAAUGCAGGAAACAGUCCAGGAGAUCAGAACACGAGAAGUCGUCUUGCUUUCCAAUUUUCAUGUGCCUUUGCUUAGAGUUUCCUGUAGCUGCCGAACCAUCCUAUCUCAUAGAGGAAGUCCUCUGUGUACCAGAAUCUCCUGUUUCUCCUGUAUAACACCUGUAUUUUCUGGGAUGCCUCAGUGGGGGAGGAUUUAAAAACAAUUUUCUUUUUGUUUCAGAGAAUAAAAAGAAGUGGAUGAAUUUUUGUUGGUGUUUGUCAACCAGCCCGGAUUUUUCCUUCACUCAGCAACCUGCCUUGUCAAUUAAUAUGAGCAUCUGUAAUCACAAAACAAAAUAAAACAAGUCUUAUAUUCUCAUUCUGAUUAAAUAAUCUGAAAUCAAGAGACUAAGAAUAGAGAGUGACUAAUUUUUGACAAUUUACUCUUCAACUUCUACUGUUAAUUGUUAAUGUGUGUUUGAUGCUGUCAGUAGUGGUUGUUCUCCCGACUUGUGGUUUAUGUGUAGGUGAAACAGAGAAAAACAACAGCCAUAUAAAAUUGGAUUAUGAAUAGCAGGAAUUUGGUUUUAGUGGCAUUAACAUUCGUAUUUUAUAAGGUGCCCAGCAUUUUUUGGCACAUCAGGAAUAAUACUGUGUGCCAAAAAAAGUACAGUUGGUGUUAACUUGAAUGUGAAGUAAAUAACUUUCUCACUUUAGAUGUAUCCUGUCCUGCAUCCUGAUGAUUGUUGGUUUGGAACCUUAAAUGACAAGCAAUACUUUCUUUUUUUUAAACUUUUUUUUAAAACUUUUUUGUUAUUACAAUAACUUUACAAUAACAAUAUUACUACUGCCUCCAUUUGGGAAGGAGUUGAAGGGGGGGGAAGAGUAUUUAUUGCCUUCCCUUAUUUGUGCCAUAAUGUUUCUGUUUUUAUGAAUCAAUUCACAAUUGUAUUUUGUGGAGGUGGUGGUACUCAACAGGAAAGCUACUUAACUGGAAGUGAAGAAGGAAGUUAGUCAUAUUAGUGAAGACCAGAAGACAAAAGUGUUUAUGUAUCAUUGUGUAUUUUGGGGAGGAGAAGACUGGGGAAAGGCAAGUUUGUUUCCAUUCCUGCUCUUUGUAUUAAAAUGAACAAAUUGCUCUCAGCAA